GUCUCCGAGGUGCUGAGCCUGGCGUUGGCGUCAGCAGCCUUCUUGGCAUCGCUGCUCCAAGAGGACAGCGUGGCGGUGGACCACCCAGGCUUGCCGAAGGAGAAGCUUUGGCGACUCUUAGGAUCGCGUGGCACAUGUCCAGGCUUCACCAACGACUCCUUUGUUGCCUUCGCUAGUGAUCCGGCAUUUCGCUUCCACAUCUGGGCACGGCAGCAGCGAUUCUUUGACCGUCUUCUUCGCGGUCUGACAAAGACGGCGGUGACGCUUCCAAGCGUGCAGGAUCUUGGAGGUCCUGGCACAACGUUGGGACCCUUCCUUCCGCCCUCGGCAUCAUCCACCGGCUGCACCAGGCUGGUGGUGUGCGACGGAAAGCAGACGUGCAGAGUGGUGGACGUGGGGCGGCUGCGUGAGGAGCAGGUAGAAAUUGACCGCUACUGCUCCAAGAGGCUGCUGCGGUCCUCCAUAGGUGCACAUCCACUGGCCGUUACCACCUCGUGGCCUCUGAAUGAGGUGCCGCACUGCUGUGCGGCGGGAGGAAUCGUUGCUUCCCGGCCGGCGCCAGGAACAGGCGUGCUUCCUCGCAGCUCGGUCACGCUGCAGUGGUUGGAGCUCCCGGAGUUCGACCGCUUCCGAUUGCAAAGGAAUGAAGCGGGCGAUGAGAAGGUUGAGGCCGAGGCGCCUUGCUACAGCCCUGCAUUGAAGCCUCGCUCGCCGUCACUGGCAUCAGCGAAGACAUCGCCGGUUCUUUGCCGACAGAAGUCACCCACCAUGAAGGCCUCUCCGAGCGCCUUGGCGCCUCAGAACGAUGCGGUUCCCACAAGAACCUCGGUGUUGCAGGAGCAGCUUCUUGCCGCUGUGUCAGACGUUUCCGAGUCCGCUCCUGCCUGCGUUAUCGUCGAGGGGGCGUGGCCGCUCCAUGGCCGCCAGGUGCUGCUGACAGUCCGCGAAGUCAUCGCAUCCAGCCCAUCAACAGGCCCUUUGAAGAGCCCAUCCUUUCGAGCCAGCGCCUCGCCGAAGGGCCUGCUGGCAGAGGCGAUGCGAGGAGUGCCGCUGGCCCCGCUGGAACUCCCCCCGCAGGCCGCUGCCGCGGCUGCCCAACUUCCCAAAGCCGAGGAUCAGGCAUGUCAGGGAGUUCGGCACUGGUUGCAGGUUUGGGAUCUAGCAGAGGCGCCUUGCAAGGAAGUGGCGCUAGAGCCGCGUGCUUGCAUGGCAGUGGGUUCACAGGUGACUUGCAUCGAUACUCUCAAAGUUUCUUGUGCGGAUGGAGGUGCAGCGCCGCUCCUCCUGUACGGCUCACGCUGUGGCACCGUCUGCCUUCAAAGCUUAGAGCAGGUGCCGGAGAGCCGCGCCUCCUGGGCCGUGGAGGCCAACUUCGGGACCCUCGUGGAGGUCUUGCUCCGUCCAGGCAGCCAGAAGGAGUCCACUUCCGAUGUCCUAGUGGUGGUAGCACAGGAGCAUGGGGUCUUCUUGGGGCAUGCUAAUGCUGCGAAGCGGAAUCCAUCCGUUGGCACAUUGACCAGAGCGCUUCCAAACAAGGAAAUCGCUGCCAGCCUGAAUGUGGCAUCCCUGCAACCUGUUGGAGCCUGCGGCUUCGCUGUUUGCAGCCCCAAGCACGUCUACGCCUUCCAGGCUGAGGCUGGCACUGCAGCGCUGGUGGUUGUUGUCGAGCUUCCGGGGAUUCCGGUUCGUCACUUCUACGCGACACCGUAUGAGUUCUUCGCGGUACUCGCAGGGGAGGGCUCCCACAAACGACGAACAGUGUGCUGCCUGUGGCCUACAGUGGGAGAAUCCAAGGCCACCCGUGCCUGCGCGUCCGCAGUCAACCUUUACGCUCGAGUACGAGGAUCGGAAACGGCGGAACUGCUGGAGACCACGGCAGUGGCCAUGGAUCUCUCAAAGGUGCUGCUGCACGGUGCCGGCAUCGACACAAUGGCGUUGAACUCCUCUCCCGGCCAAGGGUCUGGACUGCUGGCAGUCUCCUCGGUGGGCUCGGGCAUCUCUGUCUUCCGGUGGGGAAUGGAGGUGAGCCCGGAUCUGGAGAGGAUUCGAGAUCUUCGGGAGGAGUGUGCAGCGCAACAGGCGCACGAGCACCACCUGGAGACCCUGCGGCGGCAGCUCCAGCGUCUGCAGCAGCGUCUGCAGGAGACGGAGAGGCUCGAAGAGAAAGCGCAGACAAAGGGGAGCGAGGCCUUGACAGAGGAAGAGAAGGCCAAGAUCCAGCGGCGCGGGCAGGUAGAAGCAGACAUUGAGCGCGUCACACAUGAGCUCGGCAUGGACACCGGCUCGCAGGAGGAGGAUGAAGAAGAUCCUCAGGAGGAGCGGGAUCAGGAAAUGGCUCGUCACAGACGCGAGAAGGAGCGCAUCCAGAGGAGGCACCACGAAGACAAGCGGGCGAUGCAGAAGGAGCGGCGACAAAAUCGUGAAAGGAAAUUCUCCGAGUGA